UGGUGUGGUUUCUUAGUUCACUGAUUUGAUCUGAGGAAUUUGUUCCACUUGAAAUUCAUCGCCACAAAAAUGAAUAAAUAUUUGUUUAAAAUCUGAUCCUAAAGCAGCCAUGGAUCCCAACCUCUUAUUUGCGUUCCAGAAUAGCACCGCCAUGAAUGCCUAAUCGCCGCCGCUGACAUGCCACCGCCGCCGCCCCAACCGCCGCGCAACCUCAUCCUUCAAAAGCCCGCCGCCCUCCCCGACGCCAUCUUCGCCGCCGUGUCUAUUCUCACGCUCUUCUCCACUACCCCCAAAUCCACGCCCCCUUUCUUUCUCCCCUCCAAUUCGAAGCUCUCUUGCCCCCUGAACCUCCGCAAAUUCCCGAAGAUGUCUGUUCCAAUCACCGGUCAACCCAGCCCAAGGAGUCCUCGCCGUCUUCCUCCGCCCUUCGCCACGCCGCAGUCGCUCUCCGAUUGGCUCAAGCCGCGGCUAUCCGCGGAUUUAUUUGGUUCCUGGGGGGUCAAGCCAGGCACGAAAAAUGUUCACAAUUUGUGGCUCGAAAUCGCCGAAGGUGAGACGUUGUUGGCCGACUCCGUACCGCCUGUUCGUACAGUUGAGGUUGUAAUUGUGAGAAUCGUUCGCAACGAUGGGAAACUCCUAAUUGAAUCGCACCAGGAGCUCUCCGAUGGCGCAGUUAGACAUCGCUGUCGUCCUUUGUCAGAGAAAAUGAAACCAGGUGAAUCCGUCGAGUCUGCUGUUUACCGCGCCGUGAAAGAGGAACUAGGAUCGUUACCGCAAAUUGCCUCUCUCGAAAAUGCUUCUGACAGCAGUAAUGGUGAUGGCGGUAAUGGAAUUCACGAGAAAGUGAAAAUUCUUCCGGCGUCCUAUGUCAAAAAGGUUGAGGAGAGAGUUUCAGCAUCUUAUCCAGGAUUGCCAGCGUGUUAUGUGCUGCAUACGGUGGACGCAGAGGUUGAAGGCUUGCCGGAAGCUGACGAGUUUUGUACUGAGGAGGUGAAUGAGUAUGCAUCUGUGGACGACAAUGGCUCAACAGAUUCUGCAGUUUCAUGUAAAAAGCACUUCUGGAAGUGGGUGGAUUUGAAUUCUCUAUGAGUUUUCUGUAAGAGGCAUGAAUUCAAGUUUCUUCACAUAGUAGUAGAACACUGUGAACCUUGCCCAGAACUCAAGGGCGGCGAAGGUAUACGCCCGAAUGGCAUAAUUGCUAUACAGUUCACAACAAACCUGUACCUUCCUGAUACCCAAGUUCCAACUUUCCACCUGAGCCUGCCCAUGACCUUGAAGCUAAGAGCUAAUUUUCCAGUGUGCUGAUCAUGUUGAACUUCAUAAGCGAAAGACGGGGCCACAGGUUGCUGGUUUCCGACCAAAGACGCGCUAAGCAGGUUUAUUUCUUCAUGCCCUUGAUAGAAUGCAGAGAUUGAAGUGUCUGGAGUAAUCUUCUGACCCUUGUAAGAUGCAUAAAGUAAGAACUCAUCAAAGUAUAUUCCGACUUUCUUGUUUGGAUUGAUGGAUAGGAGAGUUAUUUCAAUCGAGGAAUUCAGGAGGGAUGGGCCCGAGAGGUUAAGCUGAUUCACAUCAGCUUGUUUGAGUGAAAACUGUGGCUUUGUUGGAUGGAGAAUGAACCAAAGGAGGCAUAUGAGAGACAGAAGUGAGAAGAAUAAUGUGGAGAAGUAGAAGAAGCCCUUCUUCUUGAAGUACUUUUUAAGGUUGAUCGUUUUCUUUUCGGCGCAGUGUUUCGGAGAUUUUUCACUUAUUUGAGACAUUUGCAGGCACAGGGAGAGCAGUAGAGACGACGAGAGAAGCUAAAGAUUGAAGAGGGGGAUUCGGUAUAUGCUUAGCUGAGGAAAGAAAGAAGUUGAAAUGAAGGGGUUAAUAAAGGGGUAGGUUCUUGAAAUGCAAAAGGUACCUUUAAAUUUUCUGAUAGCUCAGUUUUACCUGAAGUUCAAAUCUUUGGAGGUUACUGUAAAAGUUCCACCUUAAACUUGGAUACUGCACCUCCUGAAAUUAUUGAUAAAUUUAGUUUUGGAGAUAUGUGAUCUAUGCCGUAGGUGGAACAUAUUACAUACGUAUUGAUCAUGAUUCAUGAAUAUGCAUCAACUUUACGGUCAUGCAUAUACUUUAGGAGCACACAAAUCUUGUAGAUCAAUUUUCAUGGAGAUAAAAGAGAGUCCUCUCUGCCCUUGCUAGGAAUCUAAUCAUAGUACUUUUAGAAUUAUUGCUGGGGAAAGUUAAUCACUUUAUAAAGUGGUAAGAGAUGGAAUUGCUAAUAGCCUUUUUUUCAAUCCAUUAUAGUUUAGGGGAAGAAAGUGUGCUACUGCUAAAGAGAUUGCUCUCCAAAACUGCAAUGAUUGAAUGAGAAGAUUACAUUUGAGAAUUCAAUUAAGGGCCUUAAAUCUGAUUGUUUAUCUUUGCACAAUAUAUAUAGAGAGAGAGAGAAUCUGAGAAAAAAAAAAUGAAGAAGGAUUGACAUUGUGCUAUUGCUUUUGGAUUAGGGAAAAGGGAGGUUUAGGUGAACAUUAGUAGAGGUGUCUAUGUAAUACUAGCUCAACUUCUUUCUGUUUGGACUAUUGUGGUUAUUGCUUUGCCAUUGCCAGCAAAUGCAUGGUUGAAAUUGGUUAAUUCUUGACUUGGAAAAACCCAAUAAGUGUAUUUUUAUUUUUUGUUUUUAUUUUUUGGUAUUGCUCUCUCAUUGCUUGCUUUUUGGAAAUAAAGGUAAAUUCUUUAUUUUCCAACCACAUGAUUCAGUCUGAGGGAUGUCUGAAAUCAAGUUAACCAUGUUUGAAUUUAUGUCCCAUGUAAAUUUCAUGAUUCUGGACCCCAAGACUGGGACCAUGUCAUUGUAUUGCUUCAAUUAAUGAUUAAAAGAUCUUUUGUUU